GGAAGGAUCGACAAAAUUAUUUCUGAUUAGAAAAGGGUCGAAUUUGGCACAAUAUGGAAACUCUGGCUCCAUACACCGAUCCCUUGAUAAAUCUUCUAAAAGACACUCAACUGAAUAAGGACAAAUCCAAGUCGGACGAGUUAAUCCGGCACAUAAACAGCAUAAAUGACCACGAGAUCAAAACUUGGUGUAUACAAUCAUUCGAGAUCCUUAAGGACCUUGAGACGAUCGAGCUCAAGAUCUAUAACUGGGAAUUUCAGGCUCUGGAAUUUAAGCUUUCUCAAUCGUUGAUUCUGGAUGAAGAAGAUCAAAAAAAGCGUACUUUCAAUUCGAGUCUCGCUCGAAAAGUUGCCAAUAACUGCUUGGAAUUGCAUAAGAAUUUGCAGCAGCUUGGAAUAGAGAUAGAUGAGGUCAAUUCAGGAGCACGCUUUAUGACCCCGUUGCAACGAAUCAGUGAUCCCGGAACAAUUUUGACUGAGCUGAUGUUGAGAGUGAUGAAAUUGAGAUCCAGCUUAAUUGACCAGGUCUCAAUUCAUUACUCAAAAGCAAAACUAGUCAACAUAGGCAUAGACCUUGAGAAUCUUAUCUACGAAGAAGAAGACCGCAAGUAUGGCGACAUAACGGAGGAAACAGUUAUCAACUACAAACUUUUUAUCAAUAAUUUGCUUCAACAGAUCAAUGACUACAUCAGUACAGGUGACACAAUAGGAGUUGUGGAGUGCAUUUCGAUUGUUACAGAGGUCGAGAAAAUGUUCGAGACCAUGAAAUUAGACAGACUAUCACGUCAACCUGAGAGAUUAUUGUCAUUCCCCGGAGUUACUUCGGAUGAGUUGUGUGAAAGACCUGAUUCUCCGGCUUCCUCCUCAGUCACCAUGUCUGAUACCUUAUGUGGUGAUGAUGAAAAUCCAGAAAAGGCCGAUUAUUUGAAACGGGCCAAAAUUGAGAGGUUUCGUAGUUUCAACUCUGCACACAACUCUUCAUUGCAUAAGACUACUUUAACAGAGAAGCUGCCUUUCUUGAUGCAUGCUUUUGAAGAAGCCAGGUCUAUUGAAGAAGAUAUCAGAGGAGUUAUGGAAUCUUCUGAUAUAAAAGUGACCGACCGAAAGUUGAAGGAAUCACCACCGCGCCCCAUCGCAUCUUCAUCAAGUUCUUCCAUAAUGGAAGAGCCUGGCAUGAAAUUUUCACUUUAUCGCUCGCUCAACAAUCCGUUGUUAAACGCGUUGAUGAGCCCCACAAAGCCCGUUUACAUUCAAGAUCCAUCGCAUCGUUUCGAAAACCAAAAGCCAGAACUUACUGUCCAUGCAAAACCGCAACACGGCUCUCAUUUAACAGCUGUUUCUGGCGCUAAGCAGAAUAAACUGUUCCAUGACAUCGGAAAUGUCAUUGACUAGCAUGACCUGUCUUCUACAUAUUCAAACAUUUUCAUUCCCAUCAACUAUGUACAAAAUCCGUAAGUUAUAGUGGAAUUGAUUUCUCAUACCCAUGUUCCUUGAUAGCCUUGAUUGCUCUUGUCACUGACGAGCCAGCAUUAUAAUUUUUGGAAUCGUCCACUUUAGUCAAAAACGAUCUGAUGACUCUUGGGUCAUUUUUCAAGGAUCUGAGGAUUUCACGCUGGACAGCACUAGAGGAGUCAAAUAGGAUUACAAAAUGGGAACCCUGGAAAUGUCUUUCACCCGCUUUCUUGAAAAUCUUAGGUAAUGGCUUGAGUCCCAAUCCAAUCACUUCCCGAACGACACCGUUAUUUCGGAUGAUCAUCUUCCCCAGCGUUGUUGCCAAUUCUUUUGCCUCAACAUGAGCAGCUAAAGGGUUAGCCACCCUCGCAAUAGCAGCUAACUCGUAAAGCAUUUCUGUUCAAAAUUCG